AUGGUCCACUACAAACUCUCGUACUUCCCAAUCCGUGGAGCCGGAGAAAUCGCUCGUCAGAUUCUCGCUUUCGCUGGACAAGAGUUCGAGGAUAACAGAAUCCCGAAGGAGGAGUGGCCAGCUAUCAAGCCAACCACCCCAUUCGGACAACUUCCACUGCUUGAAGUCGACGGAAAGGUACUUGCCCAAUCUCAUGCUAUCUCUCGCUAUCUUGCCCGCCAAUUCGGAAUCAACGGGAAAUGUCCAUGGGAGGAGGCUCAGGUCAACUCUGUCGCUGAUCAAUUCAAGGAUUACCUCAAUGAGGUUCGUCCAUACUUCAUGGCCAAGAUGGGAUUCUCAGAUGGAGAUGUCGAAGCUCUCGCCAAGGACGUCUUCCUUCCAGGAUUCACUAAGCACUACGGAUUCUUCGCCAACUUCCUCAAGUCAUCCGGAUCGGGAUACUUGGUCGGAGACUCUUUGACCUGGGUUGACUUGCUCGUUGCUCAGCACACUGCCGACUUGUUGGCUGCCAACGCAUCUCUUCUCGACGCCUAUCCACAAUUCAAGGCUCAUCAGGAGAAGGUUCACUCAAAUGCCAACAUAAAGAAGUGGUUGGAAACUCGCCCAGUCACUCCAUUCUAA